AUGGAGGAUAUCCAAGCCAACAAUAUUCACAUCGCUUGGCAGAUUCCACAGUACGUCUUCAUCACUGCUGGAGAAGUCAUGUUCUCCAUCACUGGUUUGGAGUUCUCCUACUCACAGGCACCGGCAAGCAUGAAGUCUGUUCUCCAGGCUGGAUGGCUUAUGACUGUGGCAUUUGGAAAUGUCAUUGUACUGAUUGUGGCAGAGGGGGCUGGGAUGGAACAGUGGACCGAGUUCCUCCUUUUUGCUGGCCUUUUGGUGGCUGUCAGCAUCAUCUUCUCCAUCAUGGCCUAUUUCUACACUUAUGUGGAUCCAGACCAGCUGGACAAGAUUUUCGAAGAGGACACAGACGAUGAGAAAGUGGAAAGUUCUGAUAGGAAGAAAAAUGAGGCCGUUUCCUUGAUUGACAUGCCGAAGCAAACCAAUAUGUAGCAAAAUGUCUGGGUUUUGUUAUGAACAAUUCAGAUCCAUUAAUUGCCAAUAAGCCAAUGAACUUCUUUCACAUCAGACUGUUGUAGUCGACCGUGUUAGAUUAUUUUGCUCCAGAGCCUUUAUGUGGCAUGAUGCUGAUCUCUACUGCUCACGGAUCAUAUUUCAGCUGAAUUAAGAGUAAUGUAUUACGCUGAAGGAAUUAUGGUUUUACUUCACCUGAUACCUCACAAAAAGAAUCCGUUUUUUUUAAGCAGUUCCAAAAUGUAAUCAUUAAGAUGUAAACAUUUUUGGGUUUUGAAGUCUCUAAUGUUCAACUAAGGCUGUAUUUAUUUGAUCAGAAAUACAGGAAAAACUGUGAGAUUGUGAAGUAGUACAAUUUAAAUAACUGUUUUCUAUUUUAGUAUCCUCUAAAAUAUAGUUUAUCAUGCCUGCCACGGCCAAGCUUCAGAUUUAGCUGCCAUUACGCCAGUCUUCAGUGUCACAUGAUGCUUCAAAAAUCCUUCCAUUAUGCUGGCACUCUAGAAACAUUUCUUAUUUUUAGCAAUGCUGAAAUUAUCUGCUCAGUAUUUCUGUGGAAACACACAUUUGGUGGGGAUUCUUUGAUGCAAGCUGAAUAAAUUAGUCUUUGCUGAAUAAAUGUACGAAUUUCUUUAAAAAUCAAAUGUGUAGUCGUAAGUUGAAAAAGUUGACCCCAAAAUGUUAGUGAAUAAACUUCAAUGAUAUC